AUGCCUUUACAAAAAGCUGCGGCCUCGGAGGACCUGCCUCCGGUCGACAUCAAGCCGCUUCUGGCCAAGAUGUGGCCCAACGAUGAUCGAGUGACGGCAGAUGAGAUUGCGGAUGCCGUUUCGCACCUUUUCACAAACCAAGUCACCCCGGCGCAGACCGCCUCACUGCUCAUAGCCCUGCACUUUACUCAGAUGGACUUCCAGCCCGAGGUUCUAGCCAAGUGCGCCGCCGCUAUGCUAAGAGCCGCGGCGCCUAUUCCGGUAGAAGAGCUCAACGCUGUCAUUUCCAAGCGCGGGCACAAGGAGGGCAAAUACGAAGGUGGACUUUGCGACAUUGUCGGCACUGGAGGUGACUCUCACAACACAUUCAACAUUAGCACAACCGCAUCUAUAAUAGGCUCGGCAUUGAUCCUCGUCUCCAAGCACGGCAACAAGGCCAGCACAUCAAAAUCUGGCAGCGCCGAUUUGAUUGCUAAUAUGCGGCCCCGCGCACCUGUUGUCGCGGCCGUUACGCCGGAGAACCUAGCUAAGGUCUACGCGAACACAAACUACAGCUUUCUCUUCGCGCCUCUAUUCCACACCGGCAUGCGAUACGUCGCGCCUAUUCGCAAGGAGCUUCCCUGGAGAACCAUCUUCAACAACGUGGGCCCGCUCGCCAACCCCGUCGAAGAUGUGCUCGAGUGCCGCGUCAUUGGCGUCGGCCGCAAGGAUCUGGGCCCUGCAUUUGCCGAGGCGCUGCGCUCCGUCGGGUGUCGCAAGGCCAUGAUUGUCUGCGGUGACGAGGACCUCGAUGAGCUGAGCUGCGCCGGCAAGUCGCACUGCUGGAUGCUCAAGGAGAAGACACCGGGCGGCGAUAUCUACGUUGACUACUUUACCGUUAAGCCCAGCGACUUUGGCGUCUCGUCGCAUGCUCUCACUGAAGUGUCCUCCGGGAUGGAGCCAGAAGAAAACGCCAUGAUCUUGGAGCGUAUUCUCCAUGGGAAGAUGCCUGACAACGACCCUCUCAUCGAGUUUGUCCUUAUCAAUGCCGCAGCCUUGUUUGUGGUCUCGGGUAUCUGCGAGGCUGAUUUAAGCAGCAUGGGCGUAGGCGAUGAUGGAGAGGUGAUUACGGAACGCGGUCCUGGUGGUCAGCGUUGGAAAGAAGGUGUACGCCGCGCAAAGUGGGCGAUUCACAGUGGCGAGGCCUGGAAGCAGUGGUCGGCGUUUGUCAAUAUUACGAAUGAGCUGGGCGCAUAG